AUGUGUGUUGCAGCUCUUGGAAUAAUGGGUAUCUUAGCACAGCAGUACUUCAAUACCAGGGGCAGCCUCAACUACUACUUGGUGCAAAUGACAUUCGAGCUUCAUAGACAUAAUGGCGUAGACGAAGAAGAUGUGCAAGCAAGAGCGUCCAAAGACACACGUCAGAAAACCGACAAUAGUGCUAAAUUUUUUUUGAAGGGCCUACCCGUUGGGACAUCUAUUAUCAGGGAGCAAACGGAGCAUACCGUACAACAGACGACAAUCGAUUCCUCCGGAAAGAAACGCGUCGGCCCUGAAGAGGUAACCAUGUCUAGAUCGUAUAUAUUGGAUAUGCCUGGUGUCGACAGAGUUACGGGAAUUCGACGUUGGAGAAAAUCUCCUCAACAAGUAGGCACGCCGUCAACGUCGACCAACCCGAGCAUUGAAACAAAACCUACUGGAAAAGCAAUUGAAGCGGCGUCAGAUUUAACUCUUACAAAACGCUCUUUCCAAGCCCACAUCUCCACUUCCACCAAUAUCAAACUGACUUAUAUAUUGGAUAUGCCUGGUGUCGACAGAGUUACGGGAAUUCGACGUUGGAGAAAAUCUCCUCAACAAGUAGGCACGCCGUCAACGUCGACCAACCCGAGCAUUGAAACAAAACCUACUGGAAAAGCAAUUGAAGCGGCGUCAGAUUUAACUCUUACAAAACGCAAUCCUGCUGGCAAGGAUUUCGAUUCUGAAACGUCAACCACCAACAUAUCCAGGGUGACCUAUUAA